AUGUCGUUGACACUUUGGACGGCGUUUGCUCUUUUCUUAUGCUACCGCGUCUACCGGAUCUUUUACAACCUUUACCUGCAUCCUCUGGCCAAGGUUCCCGGGCCGAAGCUGUACGCCAUCUCCUGGCUGCCGCGACUGUGGCACCAACAGAUCCGCGGCACGCACUGGAAGAACCUCGUGGCGCUGCACGACAAGUAUGGGCGCAUCGUCCGGACGGGGCCCGACGAGGUCUCCAACGCCUCGGCCAAAGCCUGGGACGACAUCUGCGGCAGCAAGACCUUCGUGCGCGACCUGAACUUCCUGCGCGUCACGCAGCUCGACGAGCGCCACAGCUUCAUCUCGCCCGUCAAGACGGAGCACAACACGGUGCGGCGCCUCCUGCAACCGGCCUUCACCGACCGCUCCCUGCUGCGGCACGAGAAGAUCCUCGGGGAGUGGACGGAGAAGCUGAGGGCCAACAUCGCCGGCGAGCACGGCAGCCCCGUCGACGUGGCGCAGAAGCUGGUCUGGAUGACCUUUGACACCAUGGGCGUCCUAAGCUUCGGCGAGUCCUUCGGGUGCCUCGACAAGAACCGCCAGCACCCGUACCUCAAGGCCAUCGAGCUGGGCGCGCCCUUCCUGUCCCUGCUGCAGAUCAUCCUGCGGUACGAGGCUACGCGCGGGCUGUACGCCAUGUUCCUCAAACUGCCGUGGAUGCGGUUCUGGAACAGCCUCCGGGCGACGGCGGAGGCCAAGGCGGCCAAGUGGGUUGAGAACGCCGACGACAGCAGGGGGGACGUCAUGAGCGUCAUCUGGAAGGCGAUGCAGGACCAGAAGACGCCCAUCUCGCAGCGGCAGGCCGACGACCUGGCCUCGAUCCUCUGCCUGGCGGGCGCCGAGUCGACGCCGGUUCUCAUGUCCGGCAUGGUGUGGUGGAUUCUCAGCACGCCGCACGCCCACGCCCGGCUCCGGGAGGAGAUCCGGACCGCCAUCCGGCAGGCGUCCGACAUCACGGUGCCCAACGUCUCCCGGCUGCCGUACCUCGACGCCUGCAUCAUGGAGAGCCUGCGGCAGCACACGCCCUUCUCCGUCGCGAUCCCGCGCAUCGUGCCCGAGGGCGGCGCCGUGGUCGACGGGUAUUUCCUGCCCGCGGGGACCGUCUGCGGCGUCCCGCACUGGGCGAGCGCGCAUUUGACGUCUCACUUCGCGGACCCGGACAUUUUCGUCCCCGAACGGUGGCUUCCGGACCCGGAUCCGCGCUACGCCGGGGACAAGAGGGACACGUUCAAGCCGUUUGCCAAGGGCAGCCUGGACUGCAUAGGAAAGCGGCUGGUCUAUCACGAAGUUCGCAUGGUCAUGGCGACGCUUUUCUGGCAUUUCGACAUGGAACUGUGCCCAGAGUCCCGCGACUGGGUGGCUGGCGCGAACGCCACGGUGAGAAUGAUGAGAGAGAAGGGGGCCUUGUUCAUCAGGGCAAACCCUGCCAGUGUUGGAGAAGUCGUUGAGUCGUGA